GUACAAGAUGUAUAAAAGUCCCUGCUCUGCAGAGUUUCGUCAUACCAUAGCCUGAGGACCUGGUAGAUUCUUUCAGCUACAACGAAGAGCCGCACCAAUCGUUACCAUGGCGCGAAUGAUCCUUCUCCUGUUCGUGGUUCUCGUCGGUUCUGCCAUGGCGAACACACGAACUUGUUUCUGUGAAAUCCGGACCGGUAUUGACCGAACCAGUCCAGAGUUUAUGGACGUAGACGAUCGGAUCUAUGACAACUUUCUUGUCACCUGCAAUUAUGCAAAGGAGAGAUGCCCGGAUGAUUGCAGAAGUGACGCCGCCACUGAGCUGGGCGGGACGGUCAACCCUCUGGACCACAAUGCUGGAAUCAAUGCUUGUAACGAACUAAGGCGCGAAGUGACCCCGGAUAACCCAGUUCACCUGUACGCCCACUAUUCGACCAGCAACUGUGACCAACAGGGAUUCCAUUACUUGGGGGAACUGUGUUGUUGGGAACUCAACUUCGGUCCCGGCUUCCCCCUACAGUACCUGUACAACCCAAGCUGCUCUGUGGAUCAGCAUCCUCUUACCGGUUGAGUCAUUCCAUUGGUUAAAUCGUCGACCAAUCAGUAUCAUCUUAUCUCCCGGUUGAGCCAUUUCAUUGGCUAAAGCGUCGACGAAUCAGCAUCCUCUUAUCUCCCGGUUGAGCCAUUUCAUUGGCUAAAGCGUCGACGAAUCAGCAUCCUCUUAUCUCCCGGUUGACCCAUUCCAUUCAUUCAGACAUUGUUUCUAUGUUUUGUGUGUUAUAUGUCAUAUGAUUCAUUCUCAUUGUUAAAAUACUUUGUGAACUGACUAGGAC